UCUUCAAGAUCCAGAGGAGGCACGGGACCAAUUUCAUCUGGCCAGGCUGAACUGCAAGAAAUUUGCUUUUGUACACGUGGCUUUUGCACAGUUUGAGCUAUCACAAGGAAACGUGAAGAAGUGUAAGCAGCUCCUUCAGAAAGCUGUGGAGUGCUCUGCUGUUCCACUAGAAAUGUUGGAAACUGCACUACAAAACCUUCAAUCACAAAAAAAGCAGUUGCUUUCAGAUGAAGAGAAGGAGAACAUAGUAUCAAGUACACAAGAGUCUGGACUUCAAAGCAUAGCUGGAAAUCACAGAAGCGUAAAAAGGAAUGAUUCUGGUGAAAAUUCUUCUACUGUUACCAGACUCUUGCUUGGGGAGGAGAAGUCACAGGAACUUGAUGCUCUAGUUAAUUACCACAAUCCAUUAAGAUCACUAAACAAAUCUAACCAGGCCUGCCCCUUUGGGAGGGUUCCUGUUAAACUAGUAACUGAUGCUGGUGAUGAUGUGAAGACAGAUGUCCCACUUACAGCUAGUGUUAUGAAGAGGCAAAUAUCCAGCUCCAAAUGUACAGCCUUCUUUGCACCUUUUCCACCAUCACAACCAAAAUCUAGUGGGGGUGAUUCAUACGACCUGGGAGACUUACAGUCCUUACAAGAAAAAGAUUCUUUACAGUUGCAGAUGUUGGAUGAGAACAGCUUAGAAACGGCUACCAAUUCAGCUGUAAAUCUCAAAACCAAAAUGGAUACAAGUCUUGCGAUGAAAAGAGAAGAAAAUAAAGUCCAGCAUGAGGAGCUGAAGGUACCAGAGCCAAGGAGUCUGGGAAGUCAACAGCAGCAAUCUAGUUCUGGUGAAAGCUAUAGAAAGCAGUUGGAUAAGAUUAAACUAAACUGUGUUACCGUCAGAAAAAAAUGGCCAGUUCAAGAAGUGACACAGAAAAGCUCUUAUAGAGAGGUAAAGGACCUUGAACAAUCUGGUCAUCCCAUUUCAAAAGGAUUAUCACCACCAGAUGCUGUUUCUAAGAAACAUGAUCCAUCGCAUGUUUGUGGAACACCAAGCACCACAUAUAAUGAUUAUAUGGACUGUUUCAGAACGCCAGUUGUAAAGAACAAUGUUCUGCCAGGAUGUCAAAUUUCUACUCCCUACAGCCAGCUCCCAUAUUUCCUACCACAUACUCCAGCAACUCCAUUUCAAAAUCAAGGUGGCUUGCAGGUUCCAGCUUCUCUACCUUCACAUGAAUGUCUCGCCAUCAAAGGAAGAGUUUAUACAAUAUUAAAGCAAAUAGGCAGUGGAGGCUCAAGUAAG